AUGAAAAUUUACAAGAGCGGGAAAUGGACACAGGUGAAACAGGUGGUAAUCCGUCAAUACGUUUGUGCUGACAUUUUGUUGGAAUUCCUGGAAAACAAGUUAGAUAUAGCACCGGGCGAGAUCACAAUUAACCGCGCUCACAGGUUAGGAUUUAGAAAUUUUCAAAGAAAAGGUAGCAGGCCUAUCAUUGUUAACUUCCGUGAUCAUGCUGAUGUGGUCCUGAUUAUGAGCCGUACAAAUCGUCUGAAAGGUAGUACCAUUUCGACAGAUUAUGACUUCCCGAUUGAAAUACAAGAGGCGCGGUCUAGAUUAUGGCCAUCUUAUAAACAAUAUCAAUCUCUGAACAAAUAUUCGAAGGUGAAAAUAGUGUAUCCGGCGAAACUUCUAGUUGAUGGUGUAGUAGUGCGUGAUGAAAUGCCAGACUGGGACCAGUGUAUAAGGAAUUCACGAUUACCAAACAUUAGCUAUAUAUCGAAUAAUGCCGGAAGACACUCAAACUCACAAUAUGCAAAUGCAGUACCUGAAAAUCCUAUACCGCAAGUCCAGCCGAACCCGGCUUCGCAUAUUGUGCAUCCCACAAAUGGACAGUUUAUGUCUCAGACGAACAGUUAUUCAGGUGAAACUCUGAUAAAUGAUACCAGAAUGACUAAUACAAACCAGGCAGUACCUAAUUUUCCCCAACAGUCGCAGCCAUACCCUCCCCUACAGACUUUACCUAAUGUCCCACAGUAUGUACCCCAUAUGCAAGCCCAGAGAAUGCCCGUGAAUUAUGUCCCUGUAGCCCCAGAUAUGUCAGCUAGCCCCAACAUGUGCAAUCUACUACUUCCCGAUGAACAUGACACGCGUUUAACACAUGUUCAUUCUAUGGCUCAGCAGACCCACCUGUGCAAUACUGCCCGUACAGAAGAAUUACAGGCCCAUGUUCGAGCCAGUAUUAUACCUUCAAUAUCCCCUCAGCAAAUACAUGCAAAUUUCCCUGUAGUAUUACAGCAAGGACAGCCUCAGCAACAAUCCCCAGCCCCUGUUGUAUCACAGCAGCAACAAGCCCCUGCCCCUGUUGUAUCACAGCAGCAACAAGCCUCUGCUCCUGUUGUAUCACAACAGCAACAAGCCCCUGCCCCUGUUGUAUCUCAACAGCAACAAGCCCCUGCCCCUGUUGUAUCUCAACAGCAACAAGCCUCUGCUCCUGUUGUAUCACAACAGCAACAAGCCCCUGCCCCUGUUGUAUCACAACAGCAACAAGCCUUUGCUCCUGUUGUAUCACAACACCAACAAGCCCCUGCCCCUGUUGUAUCACAACAGCAACAAGCCUCUGCUCCUGUUGUAUCACAACAGCAACAAACCCCUGCCCCUGUUGUAUCUCAACAGCAACAAGCCCCUGCCCCUGUUGUAUCUCAACAGCAACAAGCCUCUGCUCCUGUUGUAUCACAACAGCAACAAGCCCCUGCCCCUGUUGUAUCACAACAGCAACAAGCCCCUGCCCCUGUUGUAUCACAGCAGCAACAAGCCUCUGCUCCUGUUGUAUCACAACAGCAACAAGCCCCUGCCCCUGUUGUAUCACAACAGCAACAAGCCUCUGCUCCUGUUGUAUCUCAACAGCAAGAAGCCCCUGCCCCUGUUGUAUCUCAACAGCAACAAGCCUCUGCUCCUGUUGUAUCCCAACAGCAAGAAGCCCCUGCCCCUGUUGUAUCUCAACAGCAACAAGCCUCUGCUCCGGUUCAACAAGCCCCUGCCCCUGUUGUAUCUCAACAGCAACAAGCCCCUGCCCCUGUUGUAUCACAACAGCAACAAGCCUCUGCUCCUGUUGUAUCUCAACAGCAACAAGCCCCUGCCCUUGUUGUAUCUCAACAGCAACAAGCCCCUGCCCCUGUUGUAUCUCAACAGCAACAAGCCCCUGCCCCUGUUGUAUCUCAACAGCAACAAGCCCCUGCCCCUGUUGUAUCACAACAGCAACAAGCCUCUGCUCCUGUUGUAUCUCAACAGCAACAAGCCCCUGCCCCUGUUGUAUCUCAACAGCCACAAGCCCCUGCCCCUGUUGUAUCUCAACAGCAACAAGCCCCUGCCCCUGUUGUAUCACAACAGCAACAAGCCUCUGCUCCUGUUGUAUCACAACAGCAACAAGCCCCUGCCCCUGUUGUAUCUCAACAGCAACAAGCCCCUGCCCCUGUUGUAUCUCAACAGCAACAAGCCUCUGCUCCUGUUGUAUCACAACAGCAACAAGCCCCAGCCCCUGUUGUAUCUCAACAGCAACAAGCCUCUGCUCCUGUUGUAUCACAACAGCAAGAAGCCCCUGCCCCUGUUGUAUCUCAACAGCAAGAAGCCCCUGCCCCUGUUGUAUCACAACAGCAAAAAGCCCCAGCCCCUGUUGUAUCUCAACAGCAACAAGCCUCUGCUCCUGUUGUAUCACAACAGCAACAAGCCUCUGCUCCCUAG